AUGGGGAAAAACAUUUUUCCUGCGACUGCGGCAGGAGAUACGUGCACAAACAUCACCUUCUAUUUCACCAAAACCUUCGCGAUUGGUCAAGACAAGAACUUCUUCUGCGGAUGUGGCCGAAGUUACAAGAACAAGAAACAUCUUCAACAACACCUUAAGUACGAGUGUGGGAAGAUGCCAAGCUUCGGCUGUAUGUUCUGUACGUUUCAGACCAAGAGGAAAGAAAACUUGCAUAGACAUGUAAUAUACAAGCACAAAGACAACCUUGUUGUUGGGGAACGUCAAUUUGGGUGUCCUUGCGGACGGAGAUACAAAUACAAGAAAAAUCUCCAACAACACAUGAAGUACGAAUGCGACAAAGAACCAGCGUUUCCCUUUGAGGAACGUCAAUUUGGGUGUCCUUGCGGACGGAGAUACAAAUACAAGAAAAAUCUCCAACAACACAUGAAGUACGAAUGCGACAAAGAACCAGCGUUUCCCUUUGAGGAACGUCCGUUUGCGUGUCCUUGCGGACGGAGGUACAAAAGGAAGAAACAUCUCAAUCAACACAUGAAGUACGAAUGUAACAAAGAACCAGCGUUUCCCUAUGUAAAUGAUGGGGAAGAGUCGUUUCCCUGUGACUCUUGCGGCAGAGUUUACAAGUACAAGAGAAGUUUGAUGCAACAUUUGCGUUAUGAGUGCGGAAAACCUCCCAUGUUCAGCUGUCCACAUUGUCCUUAUAAAGCGAAGAAGAAGAACACUCUCAACACCCACGUGGCCAUAAAACACUCACACUCUGCCAACAGUGUGAAGGGAAUCUUCCUUAAAAAACUCAACCAAUUGCAAUCUUUAUUGGAACACAUUGAGCUAAAAACUGAUUUGGUGUACGAAGAAGUUGUCAAAGGACGGUGCGAUACAAGAAACUCUGGGUUGAAAAUACUUAGUGUGAAAUCCAUCAAUUCAUCUUUGGUUGAAGACGGUUUUCUUCAAGAAAUAAAGAACUUGCUACCUAUUUCGUCAGAGGAACAAUUCGAAGCACUUGAAAAACAGCUUGAGGACAAAGAAAAACGUGACGUAAUGGACAACGGCUUCUGCGUUGAAAAAGAAGCUGACAGGCCUUCCAAAGUCAGAUCGGACGCCAGACAACAAACAUUCGAUAGAGUUCGUGCUGCAGUGGAAAACUGUCCUCGUAGGCCAGCCCGAAAACAAGCGGCUGCCUUGAACAUGUCUGACAGGUACACAAAUUUUGAGAUGCAGUAUUUGACCAUCUUUGGAGGGUUUCGUGCAAAGGAUAUGACUGUAACAAUCUUGAAAAAUCUAAUGACUGAUGAAUUGGCCCUGCACUACAGCUAUUUGGGAAAGAAGGGGAAAAAGGUUUUCGCCCUAGCUAGACUGAACUCUAUUAUUCUUGGAUUGUCUGCGGUUCUGCAGUAUGCUGGAAGACCUCUAGAGAAGUUCACGUGUACAACCUGCAGCCGCAGUUACAAGUACAAACACAAGCUGGUUGAACACCAAAGAUUCGCUUGCGGGAAAGAGCCUAUGUUCCAGUCUCCUUCCGACAUUCAAAACCAAACAGGAAGCACUGGCAUGUACAGAUGUGCAACUUGCAAUCGAACAUACAAGUACAAAACAGGACUUUUGAAACACUUGGAAAUUUAUUGUUUCAUUAAACAUAGAAAAUGUAUUAAUUGUUCAUUUCCUUCCUCAGCAUCAUCUAUAACUGGAAAUUCAGCAAGGAAUCAAACUAUAUAUACAUGCGAGCGCUGCAAUCGUUCCUACAAGUACAAACAUGGGCUCGUUCAGCACAGGAAGUACGAGUGCGGAAAAGAAGCGAUGUUCCAGUGUACCUUUUGUCCACAUAGAGCAAAAAGGCGGGAAAAUCUUCGCAGUCACGUGUUGGUAAAACAUCGCUCCGGCAACUUUGCCCACAACUUCCCCGAUUUAGCAGAAUGGAACCCGCUGUUUAUAUGAUUGCAUCUUGAAUCUGUGUGACUAUUGUCUAUGUUG